GGCCGGCGUCUGGCGGCCGCGCUGCCGAUUGGCUGCAGCUGCGGAGGCGGGGCCGGCGGGGCCCGGGUGCCGCGUGGCGGGCGCGGUUCUGGGGAGCCGGGAGACCUGUGCGGGGUAACUGGCUGCCCCUGCGUAUCCGGUGCCAGCUGCGAGGGCUGUGGGCGGGGCCUGCGUCCAGCAUGAGCGUGGGCUUUAUCGGGGCGGGCCAGCUGGCCUUCGCCUUGGCCAAGGGCUUCACAGCAGCAGGCAUCCUGGCUGCCCACAAGAUAAUGGCCAGCUCCCCAGACAUGGACCUGGCCACAGUUUCUGCCCUCAGGAAGAUGGGCGUGAACCUGACGUCCCACAACAAGGAGACCGUGAGGCACAGUGACGUGCUCUUCCUGGCCGUGAAGCCGCACAUCAUCCCCUUCAUCCUGGACGAGAUUGGCGCCGACGUUGAAGAUCGGCACAUCGUGGUAUCGUGCGCGGCUGGUGUCACCAUCAGCUCCAUCGAGAAGAAGCUGACGGCAUUCCGGCCAGCCCCUAAAGUCAUCCGCUGCAUGACCAAUACACCUGUCGUGGUGCGGGAGGGGGCCACCGUGUACGCCACGGGCACCCACGCCCAGGUGGAAGACGGCAGGCUCCUGGAGCAGCUCAUGAGUAGUGUGGGCUUCUGCACCGAGGUGGAGGAGGACCUAAUCGAUGCUGUCACGGGGCUCAGUGGCAGCGGCCCAGCCUAUGCGUUCACAGCCCUGGAGGCCCUGGCCGACGGCGGCGUGAAGAUGGGGCUUCCGCGGCGCCUGGCCAUCCGCCUCGGGGCCCAGGCUCUGCUGGGAGCCUCCAAGAUGCUCCUGGACUCGGAAAAGCACCCUGGCCAGCUCAAGGACAACGUCUGCUCUCCCGGUGGGGCCACCAUCCAUGCCCUGCACGUGCUGGAGAGCGGGCGUUUCCGUUCGCUCCUCAUCAACGCCGUGGAGGCCUCCUGCACCCGCACACGGGAGCUGCAGUCCAUGGCUGACCAGGAGAAGGUCUCGCCGGCCUCCAUCAAGAAGACCAUCUUGGACAAGGUGAAGCUGGAGUCUGCUCCAGGGUCCUCGCUGGCCCCUUCCGGCCACUCCAAGCUGCCGCCCCACAGCCUGGCCCCGGCAGGCAAGAGGAACUGAGGUGCUGGACAAGCCCGCGCUGCUCAGCCCUCCUCUUCCCUCCUGGGCCUGGAACCCUGAGGCUGUGUGUUCUUAGCCCCAGGCCUCAGUGUGUCACCGCAGGGGCCUGCCACCCACGACUCUGGUCAGCUCGGGGGUCAGCUGGGGUUGUAACCCGGGAUGGGGCACAUCACUUCCCAGUGGGAAUCUCCAGUCACUGAGGGCUUCCUCCCCAGAACAGAGCUGGAUUCUCCAACCUCAGCCUACCUUUCCUUUGCCCCCACACCGGGUCAGGAUCACUUCUUCUGGAGCUCAGGAGGCCUGAACUCCCCAUGGUCAGCUGGCUUGGGGCCUGGCCCCUUGCUGAGUACAAAGGUCAAGUCCCCCUCCCCCAUCCCGCACCCCCGACUCCCGUGAAGGCCCAGCCAAGGAGAGAACUUCAUCCCACUCCUGUUCCUUCCCCGACCUCCACUGGGGGGAUGCCUCGUCCUCCGUGUGAGAAGGACAGAGGGUUCAGUCCAGGGAGCAGGACCACUGCCCCUUAUCUCCGUUUGGCAUUUGAGGAAAGGGCUCUUCGAGAGUCCCGACCGUUAAGGCCCCUGUCUCCCAUUCCUGACCCAACUUACAAGCCUGUCACUUGUCUCUUGACCUUUUAGGUUAAAUACAUUGGUUUCCAAGUCA